UCCAUCAAGAGUUUUACAACUUAACCGUCCUCACACCACCACAUCCGCCCGUCAUCUCGCCCGGCAACAUAGCCGUCGCCACCGAGGAUGUGAAAAUGGAGCUGACGUGCAGCAGUAUUGGCGGUUCGCCUGAUCCAACGAUAACUUGGUAUCGCGAGGGUACCAAUACUCCGCUACAGGCUGCCGUCCGCACGGGCGGCUCAAAGGAUCAGCCCACAAAUGCAACAUUGACGCUGCAACCGCGUCGCGAGGACGAUGGCGCCAAAUACAAGUGUGUCGUACGGAAUCGUGCAAUGAACGACGGACAACGGUUAGAGGCAACCGCAACUUUAAAUGUUAACUAUUUCCCGCGCGUUGAUGUCGGUCCGGAAAAUCCACUUCGUGUGGAACGUGAUCGCACUGCCAAAUUGGAAUGUAAUGUCGAUGCGAAGCCGAAAGUGCCUAAUGUACGUUGGACACGCGAUGGCCGCUUCAUUAGUUCCUCCCUGGUGCAUACCAUACAUCGUGUUAGCUCGCAGGAUGGUGGCAAAUAUACAUGUUCAGCAGAUAAUGGACUCGGCAAGUCGGGCGAAAGUGUGCUCAUACUUGAUAUACUGUAUCCGCCCACCGUUGUAAUAGAGUCGAAAACGCGUGAGGCUGAGGAAGGCGAAACGGUUAAUAUCCGUUGCAAUGUGACCGCAAAUCCAUCGCCAAUUACCGUCGAAUGGCUGAAGGAGGGCUCACCCGAAUUCCGUUACUCGGGCGAAGUGCUCACCCUGUCGUCGGUGCGUGCCGAACAUGCAGGCAAUUACAUCUGUCGUGCUGUGAAUAUAAUGGAAUCUUAUGGGCAAGAACGCAGUGAACGCGUUGGCAAUUCCACGGUGGCAUUGUUGGUGCGUCAUCGCCCUGGUCAGGCAUUCAUAACACCGAACAAGCCGAUUGUGCAUGUGGGCAAUGGUGUAACGCUCACCUGCUCAGCUAAUCCGCCCGGUUGGCCAGUGCCACAGUAUCGUUGGUUCCGCGACAUGGACGGCGAGUUCUCUAGCACACAGAAGAUAUUGGCGCAAGGUCCACAGUACUCGAUACCGAAAGCUCACUUGGGAAAUGAGGGAAAAUACCACUGUCAUGCUGUAAAUGAACUGGGAAUCGGCAAGAUGGCUACGAUUGUGCUUGAGAUCCAUCAGCCGCCGCAGUUCCUCGCUAAACUGCAGCAGCACAUGACUCGUCGGGUGGCCGACACAGACUACGCCGUCACGUGCAGCGCUAAAGGCAAGCCAGCGCCCAGCAUACGCUGGCUCAAGGACGGCGUGGAAAUCCUGCCUGAGCUCAAUCUGUACGAAGUGAAAACAAAUCCAGAUCAGGGUCCCAACGGCAUGGUGACCGUGCAAAGCAUGCUGAAGUUCCGCGGCAAAGCGCGCCCCAACGGCAAUCAGCUAGUGCCCGGCGAUCGCGGCCUCUACACUUGUCUGUACGCGAACGAAGUGAACUCGGCCAACUCGAGCAUGCAACUGCGCAUCGAGCACGAGCCCAUUGUGCUGCAUCAGUACAACAAGGUGGCCUUCGAUAUACGCGAAACCGCCGAGGUUGUGUGCAAGGUGCAGGCCUACCCCAAACCCGAAUUCCAAUGGCAGUUCGGCAAUAACCCCUCACCGCUUACAAUGUCCUCCGAUGGGCACUACGAAAUUAGCACCACCACCGACAAUAACGACAUCUACACCUCGGUGCUGCGCAUCAACUCGCUUACACACGCCGAUUACGGUGAGUACACCUGCCGUGUGGUAAACUCACUGGACACAAUACGCGCGCCCAUACGCCUACAACAGAAAGGUCCACCCGAGAAGCCGACCAACACACGCGCCGUAGAUGUGGGCUCCAAUUAUGUCACGCUCAGCUGGGAUCCGGGCUUUGAUGGUGGACUGAGCAACACCAAAUUCUUUGUCAGCUAUCGCCGCGUACCUAUGCCGCGCGAGGAGCAACUGAUACCCGACUGCGCCACAAUCGCCACAAGCAACACUGAUUGGUUGGAAUUCGACUGUCAGCGUGACAAUCCCUGCAAGGUCACCUCACUAGACCAGCAUCAAAGCUAUGCUUUCAAGGUGAAUGCACUCAACACAAAAGGCAACUCGCCAUACUCCAACGAAAUAAUGACCACCACUAAGGUGAGCAAAAUUCCACCGCCUCUGCACGUCACCUACGAUCCGAAUACGCACACCUUGGGCAUCAAUGUGGGCGCCACCUGUCUGUCGCUGGUCGCCAUUGUCGAGUCAAUGGUGAACAUGGACACACCGAUGGCACAGUGGGAGGUUGUCGACACAGUGAGUUUGCAGCUUUCCGGCAAUGGACCGACAUUUAAGGAGACUGUGAUUAAUCGCUCCAUACCGGCAUAUCGCAGUGGCGGCGGACGCUCGCUGGGGCACAAUCACCUAAGUGGUCAUGGCGGUGAUGGUGAUGGCGAUGGCGAUGAUGACGAUGAUGAUGUCGACAUGAAUACACUGGCAUUGGAGGAUGAUAAUAGACCGACAGUGCGUGUGAAACUAUGCCUGCGGUCCAAUCAGGAGCACUGCGGCAAGCACACCAAUGCGGAAAUUGGCCGCACGUACAUCGCUGAGGCAUCCGCCCUGGCCACACCCACCUUGAUCGCCAUAAUCGUCUCUUGUAUUGUAUUCGCAUUAUUUGUCGGUUUAUUGUUGAUGUUCUGUCGUUGCAAACGCAAUCAAUCGAAAAAGAGUGCUGCCGCCAAGGAUUACGAAAUGGACUCGGUGCGUCCGUCGAUUGUUGCUGCCCAGCAGAGUCAGCCGCCGCCGCCAUACUAUCCGGCAAGUGGACUCGAUAACAAAGCACUUGAACAUUCGAUGGAUCUCGCCUUGGGCAUGGAGGACCAGAAGAGUGCACUUUACGCAACACAAAAUGGCUAUAGCUAUCACCCGGGUAGUGGCGUUGGUGUUGGCGUUGGCGGCGGUGGUGGUGUUGGUGUUGGUGUUGGUGUUGGUAUGCAGGGCCUAACGGGACACACGAUGCCGGGAAAUGAAUGGGUUAACAUGGGCUACAUCGAGAACAAUUACUCCAAUUCGAACAAUGGCGGCAGCGUCAAUUCACAAGACUCGCUGUGGCAAGUGAAAAUGCCCGCCGCCACAGGCGCUCAACAGAGUAGUAUGGUCGUGCCGGCCACACACAACAACUACGUCGAACAUCAGCCCACCUACGGCUAUGACCCAUUGACGCAUGGCGGCUAUGGCGCUGUCGACGACUACGCACCCUAUCCACACUUGACGGCGACGCCAAGUCAACAUGGCGAUGAAUAUCAUAAUUUACGCAAUAGCCAAAAUCCAUCCAGACAGGAUUACUGCAGCGAUCCAUAUGCCUCGGUGCAGAAGCCGAAGAAACGUGUUGAUCAGCAUUUAGCGGAUAUAAUACAGGAUGUUACGCUCUAACGGAGAGCGCCUGAAAUUCACCAUAUCACGACGUAAGCGGCCUACCCAACCCCUACAACAUGGAGCAUAUGGAACAGGAUGAAGUGAUACCGCCACAGCAGC